AUGACCGCGGAAGAUCAAAAUUUAGCCGUUGUAAUUUGUCGUGCUUGUUUAACCGAUUGUAAUGACUAUAAACCACUGUACAGGGAGGGUAUUAUUUUUGGAGAUAUUACCACAUUGUCUACAUUGCUUAGCUUUUGUGCUGGCUUGGAAUUUAAUGAAGACGAAAAUUUGGGACUGCCUGAUUCACUGUGCUCUCAAUGUGUAAAAGAUUUAGCAAUUUCCUACCUUUUUAAGAAGAAAGUCUUGGAAUCGAAUGAGUUGUUAAGAUCUCAACUAAUCGACGAUGAUGAAGUGGAAGAACCCAAAGCACCUAGCCAAGAAAUUGUUAAGCAACAGAAGGCAGAAGAGGAGGAAAAAGCUUGCAUGCAAAAUGCCAGCAAUGAUCACGAACAACAACAACAACAAAAAGAAGAAGGACAAACAACUGGAAGUUGUGAGUCGGAAACCGAUCUCAAGGAAUUGGCAGAAGCGGCACAAAUGAAAAGAGAGUUGGAAGCUCAACUGUACGAAACAACGGAAGAAGAAUACACGGUGAUACGUAAUGAGGUUGACAAUGAACAAAUGGAACAUGAAGAACCUAUGGAAGAAGACGAUGAUAUGUAUGUUGUGCAGGAAGUGGCUGAAACAACCGAAAUUUAUCACACAUCGGAAAUCGAAGAAAGCCACGUAAAUGAUCCACAGCACCAUCAUCAUCAUGAGGUGGAUACUGAAGAACACACCAUUGUUGAUAUUGAUGAGGAAACUGAUGUUCAACAAGUCGACGAAGAUGAAGAAGAAGUUGCAUUUGAAAUCCAUGUAUCGGAUAAUUUGGAAGAAGAAUAUCAUGAAAUUAUUACAUCUGAUCCUGUGCCGACUAACACUGAAGAUACUGUCAAACAAAAUUAUAGCAUUAAAAGUGAUUAUGAACGCAAGCAGCCAAUACAUAAUUAUGAAUCAUCGGAUAGUGGUCAACCGUCGACAGGAGUUAAGCGUAUCAGAAAUAGAACGAAAUCAUCGUCGAAAACACCAAAUCCAGAUUUUCAAUGCAAGAUUUGUGGCAAACAGCUGAGUAACGCCAGUUCGUUUAAAUAUCAUAUGCAAUUACAUUCGGACGAUACUCCCUAUGGCUGUGAGUUGUGUGGUGAAAGGUUUAAAACACGUAACGCCUAUGAUGGCCAUCGGGCCACACAUGAUCCCAAAAACACCUGUGAACUAUGUGGUAAGGUAUAUCGUCAACCUUCAUCGCUACGACUGCAUAUGUUAUCACAUACGGGUGAAAAGCCAUUUAAAUGUGAUAUUUGCGGUAAAUGUUUAACACAAAAGUCCGGGUACAAGAAGCACAUGCUCACGCAUACAGGUGAAAAGCCCUAUUCCUGCGAUAUAUGUGGUAAAUCAUUUCGGAUAUCAAGUAAUAUGUUAGUACAUCGUCGUAGCCAUUUGGGUGAGAAACCAUUUGUCUGCACCGAAUGUGAUAAGACAUUUGGCACAACGGAACAGCUGAAGCGGCAUAUGUUGGUGCAUACAGAGGAGACACCAUUUCCCUGCGAUAUUUGUGGUAAACAAUUUAAACGUCAGUCAACAUUGAAGGUGCACAUAUUGGGUCAUACUAAUUCGGAAAACGUUUAA